AUGGCCACUUCCGCCAGUUCCAGUUUGAGUAAAGCUGUGAAACAGCAGUACAUGGAACUUCCCCAGGGGGAUAAGGUUCAAGCAAUGUACAUCUGGAUUGAUGGAACCGGGGAGGGACUUCGCUGCAAGACCAGAACCUUGGAUUCAGAGCCCAAGAGCAUCGAAGAACUGCCGGAGUGGAACUUUGAUGGCUCCAGCACAUACCAGUCGGAGGGCUCCAACAGCGACAUGUACCUGAUCCCUUCCGCCAUGUUCCGGGAUCCCUUCCGCAAAGACCCCAACAAACUGGUCCUGUGCGAAGUGCUGAAAUACAACCGCAAGCCUGCAGAAACCAACCUCCGCAAGACUUGCAACAAAAUCAUGGAAAUGGUGGAGAAUCAGCACCCGUGGUUUGGCAUGGAGCAGGAGUACACCAUCCUGGGCACUGACGGUCACCCCUUUGGCUGGCCUUCAAACGGCUUCCCGGGUCCCCAAGGUCCUUACUAUUGUGGCGUGGGAGCGGACAAGGCCUAUGGGAGAGACGUUGUGGAGGCCCAUUACAGAGCUUGCCUGUAUGCUGGGGUUCAGAUCUGUGGCACAAAUGCCGAAGUCAUGCCUGCACAGUGGGAGUUCCAGGUUGGCCCUUGUGAAGGCAUCAACAUGGGAGACCACCUGUGGGCUGCACGCUUCAUCCUGCACAGGGUCUGCGAGGACUUUGGCGUGGUGGCUUCGUUCGACCCCAAGCCCAUCCCCGGGAACUGGAAUGGCGCUGGCUGCCACACAAACUUUAGCACCAAGGAGAUGCGGGAAGAUGGCGGGCUCAAGUUCAUUGAAGAGUCCAUCGAGAAGCUGGGGAAGAGGCACGACUACCACAUCCGCGCCUACGACCCCAAGGGGGGGCUGGACAACGCCAGGCGCCUGACCGGACGCCACGAAACGUCCAACAUCCACGAGUUCUCUGCCGGCGUGGCCAACCGCGGGGCCAGCAUCCGCAUCCCGCGCACAGUCGGCCAGGAUAAGAAGGGCUACUUCGAAGACCGCCGCCCCUCGGCCAACUGCGAUCCCUACGCCGUCACGGAAGCACUGAUCCGCACGUGUUUGCUCAGCGAAGAGGGUGAUGAGCCUAUGGACUACAAGAAUUAAAUUCCUCCCCAGGACUGAAUUUUUUUCCCUGACCCCCCACCCCCACCCUCUUCUCACUCCUUUCCCUUCCUGAUACAUAUUAAAUCCCAUGUGUUUAAAGGCUGAGAGGUCUUAACUAGUACUGUAUGUUUGCUUUUAAAGAUAUUUUGAAUUUCAGCUUCAGUAGCACAAAGUUGACUGGUCAACUUACCACGUGGAAUUAAAAUAAUCGAUCAAUAUCAGUUGUUCAGAGAGUAUUCAGGGGGUGUGGCAGGUGGCAUGGUUUGUCCUCAGCUUGAUAUCUGAACAGGGGAAUGGACUAUGAAGACUUGAAAUCCCUUGUUGCGAGCUUUGCCUACCUUGCCCCUGCUGGGGUUAAUGGAAAGAAAUGGACACAAGGUUAGAGCAGCCAUAGUUUAACUGCUUUGGAAGGUUGCUGAAAUUUUCAUUGUCAUGGCUAGUUCUGUACUUGUGUAUUGACCUGCCUUUCAAGCAUGCUGAUGUGACUAACACUAACAAGUGUACUGAAUUGCGUUUGGAUUCACUGGGUUGUGUACGGUACACUGAAGUAAGGGUCCAAAAAAAAAAAAAUGCAUUUGUUUUGUGUAAAUGUGGGUCUCUUGUCUACGUUUUGUAGAAUUCCUAUCAAACUGAACUUGAUUGCUUCUCCCUGAUGUCUGGCGUUUUAGACUUUGGCACCUGUUUGGUAAAUCUUGAGUUGCUGAACCUGGUGUUUUUUAUGAAAAAUAAUAAAAUGUUUAUAUUUUUUACCACGA